UGGUGUUUCUCUGUACUAGAAGAACACAGAGGGAUUAUAGUGCUAGUGUUUUGUUUACCUUUAAGUUUUAUAUUUGAUUUUUUCCUCAAAUUUUAUUUCUAUGUUAGAAAGUUUACCUUUAACAGGGAUCAUGAGGCUAAGGUCAGGGAUGUUCAAGAGAACAUACAAUAUUGGAACAAACUUUCUAAAAACAACAGAAAACCCCUCUGCACUGCUAGAGCAAAUUGGCUCAGUCUUUCGACAACAUUUUUUCAAAAAAAUAAUUGUCAUAAAAUAGCAAUACCCCUUUACGAUAUAUUGGGUUUAGAUGAGAAAAAACUUAAAGUGAAAGUAGAGCCUUUCGUGACUGUUGGGGAGAUAACUAAAUAUUUGUUACCCAGAGGUUACAUAUUGGCAGUGCACUUGGAAAUAGCCGAAGCGACACUUGGUGGACUGGCUAUGGGUGUGGGGAUGACCACUCACUCACACAAGGUAGGACUAUUCCAAGAGAGUGUCAUAUCAUAUGAUGUUAUCUUAGCAAAUGGCAAACUUAUACAUGUAACUAAAGACAAUGAGCACUCAGACCUUCACCAAGCGUUGCCUUGGUCUCACGGAACAUUAGGACUCUUAGUUGCACUCGAGCUUGAAAUCAUUCCAGCCAAACCUUACAUACACAUGAACUACAUCCCUAUGAGAGGAAAGAAGAGGUACUGCACACUACUGAGGGAACUAGCAGGAGCAAACAACAAAGAUAAACAUACUCCUGACUUUUUGGAAGCUAUAAUCUACAGUAAAGAAGAAGCUGUAAUUCUAGCUGGAUGGUUUUCAAACGCAACAGAUCGCUUGAAGGUGAAGCAUGUCAAGAAGUGGUACAAACCUUGGUUUUAUAAAUACGUAGAGACUUUUCUGAAGAGGGGAAAUACUGAAGAGUUGAUUCCGUUGGAGGAUUAUCUUCUGAGACAUAACAGGUCCAUAUUUUGGGUGAUGGAGUCGAUGCUUCCUUUUGGGAACAAUGAACUGUUUCGUUUGUUUUUUGGAUGGCUUUUACCACCCAAAAUAGCUUUUUUGAAGUUCACAACAACACCAGGAAUCAGGAAGCUGACGUUCACAAAGCAAGUUUUCCAAGACAUUGUGUUGCCGAUGUCUAGUCUAGAGGAGCAGAUUGACCUUUCAGAGGAGUUGUUUGACCUCUAUCCACUGUUGGUGUAUCCUUGUAGGGUUUACGACAGAGGAGAACUUUCAGGACAAAUACCUACACCAAACCCUGACUGUCUUUGUCCUGGAGCUGACUACGCUCUCUAUAAUGACUUGGGCAUCUAUGGAGUUCCAGGCUAUGUGAAGCGUAAGUUAGAGUACAACUCAACACAAGCUAUGAGAAAGAUGGAAGCAUUCACACGCAGCAUCAGAGGAUUCUCUUUCCUCUACGCAGAUAUCUUCAUGACAAGAGAGGAGUUUGAACAGAUGUUUGAUCUGAAAUUGUAUGACCAAGUGAGGAAAAAAUACUCAGCUGAAGGCGCUUUUCCCCACCUUUACGACAAAGUGAAGCCUGAAAUCGAUGUGAUUGCAAUUGGUGAAAACAGCAGCGUGAAUGAUUAGUUUAAAUUUACUAAGUGAAGUGUCGGAUUAUAGCUUUAAAUAUUGAUAAAAUAGAAAUAAGUGUUACGUAACUUAUUAUGACUUUCUGGGGUGUUUGAUGGAUAUUCCAAACAAUAAAAUAUAUAAAAAUAUAAUUAUUAUAUAGUGGACUAAAAACUUGAGACAUAUGAAAUUAUAGCGAACCCACUUUAAAAUAAUAAUUUUUUAUCUUGUUCAUAUUUAAUCCCAGCCUUGAGUGUUUUUACAAAGUAAUUAUAAUUGAUAGUGAUACUUCAGUUACUUCUAAAGUACUCAUAACUCUUUGAGAUAACUGAAUCUAAUGGAUAAAGAUAAUUCUGUUUGUGUGUACUAUAUCCUACCAAAUAAAGUGAAUGUUUGAAAUGAUUUAUUUUGUCAACAAAUAGAUGUUUUCAAAAGGUGACAGUGAAAGAUAAUUUCAAUGUUUAUAAAAUGUUUGAAUUUUUGGACUGCAAACUUUUCUCGCUUUUACGAGUCUAAAUUUUCCAGCUUCGGACAAAAUUUAGUGAUGUGAUUGCAGCUUUAAAAGAUUGUUACAAGGAAUUUGAUGAUGGAUCUAUGACAUUUGAGCGUUUAUGUCUGCACUGCUAGGAAGCUUGGUUUGAUGCUAAAGGGAAGUUGAUGCCGAAAACUCUCCACAAGUACAAAUGCAGAGUGAAUGACGAUGAAGAGUUCAAUAGAGUCUACAGGAUCUGCAGGAAAG